AUGGAUCAGUUGUCGGCGAUCAGCGAGAAUCUGGCGGAGAUCGACGGACGCGUCGCCGACAAUUUCCGCGUUCUAUCAAAUGGAUUUCAGAAACUGGAGAAGAUUAAGGAUUCCAGUAGGCAGAGCAGGCAAUUGGAAGAGCUCACGGAGAAAAUGCGAGAGAGUAAAGGGCUUAUUAAAGAGUUCGAUAAAGAAGUAAAAGUUUUGGAGUCUAGAUUUGACAGAGAAACUAACAAAUAUUUGAAUGAGAAAAAGCAGUCAAUGAUCAAAGAGUUAAAUUCAUAUGUUGCUUUGAAGAAACAAUAUGCUACAAAUAUUGAGCAUAAGAAAAUUGAACUCUUUGAGGGGCCCAAUGAAGGUUACACAGAAGAAAAUGUCUUGCUAGCUUCCUCUAUGUCAAAUGAACAGCUAAUGGAUCAAGGGAAUCGGAUGAUGGAUGACACGGAUCAAGCCAUUGAGAGGGGAAAAAGGAUUGUUCAAGACACGGUUAAUGUUGGUACCGAGACUGCAGCAGCUCUUAAGGCUCAGACGGAACAAAUGAGCAGAGUUGUGAAUGAGCUGGAUUCUAUCCAUUUCUCUAUAAAGAAAGCAUCUAAGUUGGUCAAGGAAAUCGGUAGGCAGGUUGCUACUGACAAGUGUAUUAUGGCAUUGCUUUUCCUCAUUGUCAUUGGAGUAAUUGCUAUCAUUAUUGUGAAGCUUGUUCAUCCAGGAAACAAGGACAUUCGCGACAUUCCAGGAUUAGCUCCUCCUGUCAUGAACAACAGGAGACUGCUUUGGAAUCACAGUUGA